CGGAUAGCAGUGGAAGUUUUAUCUGUUGUCGCUGUACAAGUGAAAUGUAUUCAAGAUGCAAUCCGGUUGAAGAAGGAGAAAUUCAAUUUUCUUGGUGAAGUAAUACCACUUGAUCCAGCUGUUGGUCUUUUCAUUACAAUGAAUCCAGGUUAUGCUGGUCGAACAGAACUGCCUGAGAAUUUAAAGGCAUUGUUUAGACCAUGUGCUAUGGUAGUGCCAGAUUUUGAAUUGAUUUGUGAAAUUAUGCUUGUAGCUCAAGGAUUUCUAGAGGCAACUAUAUUGGCGCGUAAAUUUAUUACACUAUAUGAAUUAUGCAAAGAAUUACUUUCGAAACAAGAUCAUUAUGAUUGGGGUUUAAGAGCUAUUAAAUCAGUGUUGGUUGUAGCUGGUGCAUUGAAACGUGGUAAUCCUGAACACACUGAAGAUUCCGUGUUAAUGCGUGCUCUACGAGAUUUCAACAUACCUAAAUUAGUCACUGAAGAUAUGGCUGUAUUUUUAGGUCUUAUAUCUGACUUGUUUCCAAAUUUAGAUGCAUCGCGUAAACGUGAUUUAAAUUUUGAAGCAAAUGUAAAAGCAGCUACUGAAGAUUUAGGCUUACAACCAGAGGAUUCAUUUAUCUUGAAGGUUGUUCAAUUACAAGAACUUUUUGAAGUUAGACAUUCUGUAUUUAUUGUUGGCAAUGCUGGAACGGGUAAAUCACAAGUAUGGAAAACACUUAAGCAUACAUUUAAACUGCAAAAACAGAAACCUGUCGCUAUUGAUUUAGACCCAAAAGCAGUAACAAAUGAUGAGUUAUUCGGUGUUAUCAAUCCAGCGACACGUGAAUGGAAAGAUGGUUUAUUUUCUGUUAUAAUGAGAGAUUUAGCCAAUAUGACAGGGAAAGAUCCAAAAUGGAUUGUACUUGACGGAGAUAUUGAUCCAAUGUGGAUUGAAUCAUUGAAUACUGUUAUGGAUGAUAAUAAGGUGUUAACAUUAGCCAGUAAUGAGCGUAUCCCGUUAACGGAUAGUAUGAGAUUACUAUUUGAAAUUAGUCAUUUGAAGACAGCUACACCAGCGACUGUAUCACGUGCUGGUAUCCUAUACAUUAAUCCAGGAGAUUUAGGCUGGACACCAUUUGUACACAGUUGGUUAGAUGAUCGAGUGAAAAUGAAGAAAACUCUAUCGAUUAGUGAAAGACCUGCACUGUCAAUCUGUUUUGACAAGUAUGUUUCACCAUGCCUUGAAAUUGUUCGUUAUCGAAUGAAACGUAUUACACCGAUACCUGAUUUAGCUCAUAUUCAAAUGUUAUGCUAUCUACUUGAAUGUAUAUUGGACAUACAAAGUAAAUCAAAAGAUACACGUGAAUUUACUAAAGAAAAUUAUGAAAUGUUAUUUGUCUUCUGUUGUGUUUGGUCAUUUGGUGGAUGUUUAUUUAAAGAUCAAUUGUGUGAUUAUCGUGUUGAAUUUUCAAAAUGGUGGCUGAAUGAAUUUAAACAAGUGAAAUUUCCAUCCGGUGGUACUAUAUUCGACUUUUUUUGGAGUUUAACAACACGAAAAUUUGAAAGUUGGUCAACACGUUUAACAAAAUGUGAACUAGAUCCUGAUAUACCAUUACAAGCUGCUUUAGUUCCCACAGUGGAAGUUGUCCGAUUACGUUUCUUCUUAGAUCUACUCAUUGAAGCUGGACAUCCUGUUAUGUUGGUUGGUUCAGCUGGAACUGGGAAAUCUGUUAUCCUACAGGAUAAAUUUUCAAGUUUAUCUGAAGAAUAUCUUGUGAAGAGUAUACCAUUCAAUUUUUAUACAACAAGUUUAAUGUUACAAGAAGUGUUGGAUAAAAGUUUAGAGAAAAAAGCUGGUAUGAAUUAUGGUCCACCAGGACAGCAUAGACUCCUCUAUUUCAUUGAUGAUUUAAAUAUGCCAGAGGUUGAUCAAUAUUUCACAGUUCAACCACAUACACUUAUUCGUCAACAUAUAGAUCAUAAACAUUUUUAUGAUAGACAAAAGUUAACCCUAAAAAAAGUGAGUAAAACUCAAUAUGUAGCUGCUAUGAAUCCAACAGCUGGUAGUUUUACAAUCACAUCACGACUGCAGCGUCAUUUUUCAGUAUUUGCUCUAAGUUUUCCUGAUGAGAAUGCUGUGAAAACAAUCUAUUCAACGAUAUUAAAGCAACAUUAUAUACGGAAUAGUUUUCCAUCCGCAGUAAUACGUGCAGUUGAUAGUCUAGUUGAAGCCUGUAUGAUUGCACAUGAUAAAAUAUCAGCUGUAUUCUUGCCAACAGCUAUUCGUUUUCAUUAUUUAUUUAAUUUACGUGAUUUAACGAAUAUAUUUCAGUGUCUUCUGUUUGCUCAACCUGAUGUCUUCCCGACUGUAAUCUCUGUUAUCCGACAAUAUCGUCAUGAAGCGAUCCGUGUUUACACUGACAAAAUGAUUGAUAUGAAUGAUGUUGAAACAGCUUUGAAACAUAUCACAUUUGGUAUUACUAAUCAAUUCCCUGAUAUAUCAAUUCAUCAGAUAACAAGUGAACCUCUCCUGUAUUGCAGUUUCAAUAAAGGUUUAUCCGCUGAACGACAAUACGGGCCUGCAUCCUCCCUGGAAGAAAUUAGUGAUAUUGUUGUUAAUGCAUUGAACAAUUACAAUGAUACAUUUGCUGUUAUGAAUUUAGUAUUAUUUAGUGAUGCUGUGAUACAUGUGUUAAGAAUUUGUCGAAUAUUAGAAAUGCCGAGGGGUAGUGCUUUACUCAUUGGAAUCGGUGGUUCUGGUAAACAGUCGCUAUCACGUUUAGCUGCAUUUAUCUCAGGAUUUUAUUUAUCACAAAUAGUUUUGCGUAAGGGCUACUCACAGAAUGAUUUAAGAGCACAUCUUGCCCAAUUGUAUAUUAAAGCAUCAUUGAAGAAUAUGCCGUAUGUAUUUUUAAUGACUGAUGCACAGGUUGCAGAUGAACGCUUUCUCGUCUAUGUGAAUGAUUUCUUAGCCUCAGGUGAAAUACCAAAUCUUUUUCAAGAUGAAGAUUUUGAUCAGAUUAUACAAGGUAUUCGAUCAGAAGUUAAAGCAAUGGGAAUUAUUGAUACAAAUGAAAAUUGUUGGAAAUACUUUAUAGAUAAGACACGAAAAAUGUUACGUGUUAUUUUAUGCUUCUCUCCGGUUGGUGAUAAACUUCGUCUAAGAGCAAGACGUUUCCCAGCCCUGGUUAAUUGUACAUGUAUUGAUUGGUUCCAUGAAUGGCCACAAGAAGCCUUACUGUCUGUUUCAGAAAGAUUCUUAGAAGAUUGUCCAGGUUUAUCAGAUGAAGUACGCAAAUCUGUUAGCCAAUACAUGGCAUACGCUCAUACAACAGUCAAUGAAUUAAGUCAACAAUACCUCCAGAAAGAACGACGUCAUAACUAUACAACACCAAAAUCAUUUCUAGAACAAAUUAGUCUAUACAAACGUAUGGUUGGUGCACAGAUCGAUGAGUUACAACACAAGAUUGAACGUUUAGUCAAUGGUUUAGAACGACUAAAAAGUGCUGGUGAACAAACUAGUGAAUUAAAAGUUCAACUGGCUGAACAAGAAAUUAUUGUCAAUGAAAAAACUGAAAAUGCCAAUAAACUAAUUAUUGUUGUUGGUAAAGAAACUGAAAAGGUGACAGCUGAAAAAGAAAUUGCCGCUGAAGAAGAAGCAAAAGUCAGUGUUAUUAAAGCAGAAGUUGAAGUGAAACAACAAGAGUGUGAAAAUGAUCUGCGUAAAGCAGAACCAGCAUUGAUUGCCGCCCAAGAAGCCUUGAAUACACUGAAUAAAAAUAACUUGUCUGAAUUGAAGGCAUUGACUAGUCCACCACCAGAUGUUGUGACUGUUUGUUCCGCUGUCAUGUGUUUAUUCGCCAUGGAUGGUCGACUGCCAAAGGAUAGAAGUUGGAAAGCUGCUAAAGCUGGUAUCAUGUCUAAAGCGGAUCAAUUUUUAAGUAAUCUCUUAAAUUACGACAAGGAGAAUAUGUCAGCGAAUAGUAAGGCUGCAGCUUCAGAGUAUGUUAAAAUGCCAAAUUUUGAUCCUGAUGUAAUUCGGACUAAAUCGUUGGCUGCUGCUGGUCUCUGUUCAUGGGUAAUCAAUAUCCUGAAAUUUCAUGAUGUCUACUGUGAAGUAAAACCGAAACGUGAUGCCUUGGAUGCAGCCAACGAAGAAUUACGUCAAGCUACGGAGAAACUUGAAGGUUUACAAAAGAAAAUCGCUGUGCUUGAAGCAUCGUUAGCUGAGUUAACAGCCAACUUCCGUGAGGCUACUGAAGAAAAGUUACGCUGUCAACAAGAAGCUGAUUUUACGGCUAAAACAUUAGAUUUAGCCAAUCGAUUGGUGAAUGGUUUUGCCUCAGAAAAUAUAAGAUGGGCAAAUCAAGUUGAAGAAUUAAAGGUACUCGGUGAGACAGUUGUCGGAGAUGUUUUAAUAACAACAAGUUUUAUCUCUUAUUUUGGUUAUUUAAGUCGAACAUUUCGUCAACAGCUGUUGAAUGUUAAAUUGUGGCCAUUUCUGAAAAGUCUCCAGGUACCAAUACCUGUACGUAAUGGAAUAGAUCCUUUAGAUAUGCUGAUUGAUGAUGCAAUCAUUGCAACAUGGAAUAAUCAAUCUUUACCAGAGGAUCGUAUGUCUAUUGAAAAUGCUACAAUAUUUACAUUUUGUGAACGUUGGCCAUUGUGUGUUGAUCCCCAGUUACAAGCGAUUAAAUGGAUCAAGGUUAAAUAUGGCAAUGAAUUAGUCGUUACACGGCUUGGCGCUAAAAAUUGUUUAGAACAAAUUGAAUUAGCUAUUACAGAUGGACGUGUUGUAUUAAUUGAAAAUAUCGGUGAGACUAUUGAUCCUAUUCUAGAUCCUGUAAUUGGACGGCAGACAAUUAAAAAAGGUCGAUUUAUCCUACUGGGUGAUAAAGAAAUCCCAUACAAUGCUAAUUUCCGUUUAAUUCUACAAACAAAACUAGCCAAUCCACAUUAUCAACCAGAAUUACAAGCACAAGCCACACUGAUCAACUUCACAGUAACACGUGAUGGUUUAGAAGAUCAAUUGUUAGCAACAGUUGUGAGUAAAGAACGUCCAGAUUUAGAAAAGUUAAAAUCUAAUCUAACAAAACAACAAAAUGAAUUUAAGAUCACAUUGAAACAACUUGAGGAUUCUCUACUGGCCAAGUUAUCUUCAUCCGAUGGGAAUUUUCUUGGUGAUCAUUCUUUGGUUGAAAAUUUAGAGACAAAUAAAAAGACAGCUAAAGAUAUUGAAGAAAAAGUGAAAGAAUCGAAGAUAACCGAGAAAGAGAUCAAUAUUGCUCGUGAACACUAUCGACCAGCUGCUCAACGUGCUGCUCUGAUCUAUUUUGUUAUGAAUGAUUUAUGCCAGAUACAUCCAAUGUAUCAAUUCUCAUUGAAAGCCUUCCGUACUGUCUUUGAAUUGUCGAUUGAGACUGCAGAACAAUCAGAUAAUGAUAAAGAACGCUUAUUAUUCCUCUUAGAUAAUAUCACAUAUUCAAUAUUUAUUUAUACAACUCGCGGUUUAUUUGAACGCGAUAAAUUAGUCUUCACUGUCUUAAUGGUGUUACAAAUUCAGUAUACAUCCAAAGAAAUACCACCAAUUCUAAUGGAUUUCUGCUGA